UCCUUGUGGAAGAAGAGAGAAACUAGUGCUGAUCUUUUCUUUUGAGUGAGUUUAAAUUUCUGGGUUUUGCUUCUUCUUUUUCAUGCCUAAUAGUUUGAUUUUUUUGCAAUUGGGUACUGUUCUAGACUAGAUUGUUGGGUUGAUUUUCAGACAAGAGGCUUGAAGCUGAAGAAGGGUUAUGUUUUGGUUGUUUGAGAUUUGAAAGGUUUCGAGUUUCGAUUAGUUCUCUUAUUUUUGCAGUUUGAUUUUGGUUUCUGUUUAUGUUAGGAGAUUUAGGUUCCACUGUGGGUACAAUCUUUUUAGGUUAUCCUUAUGAAUUAUGAUUUUUGGGUUUUAUUUAUGGCUGAUAUCAAUUUUAGAUUUGGUUAUAGAUGGAUUACUGAUUACUGAUAAGAAUUUCUAGGUGUUCGGCGUAAUUUUUGUUAUCUGCAUUGUGGAAUUCAGGGAAGUGAAUCAUGCUCAAACAGAUUCUAAGUAAGCUUCCUCGGAAAUCAUCGAAGGCAGGUGAUCAUCGUGAACACGGCGGACACCAUAGUACUUAUUCUAGUGUUUCGGGUGGUGGCUCGAGGAGCAGUGACUUAGGAACUGGCAAGUCCGGGAAUUUGAGUGUUCCGUCUUUCACCAUACCUAAUUCUACGGAAGAUGCUGGAUGGAAAGCUGCGAAUUCGAAGCCAAAUGGGAACCAUGUUGUCUCUUCUUAUGAAGCAUGGCCUGCUUUCAAAGAUGUUCCAGCUUCUGAGAAGCAGAACUUAUUCAUAAAGAAGCUUAACUUGUGUUGUGUCAUAUUUGAUUUCACCGAUCCCACCAACAACCUCAAAGAAAAGGAGAUCAAGCGGCAGACGUUGUUAGAGCUCGUGGAGUAUGUGACUUCUGCGAAUGGGAAAUUUUCAGAUGCUGUUCUGCAAGAAAUUGUUGAAAUGGUAUCAACAAACUUGUUUAGGAGCCUUAAUCUGCAACCACGAGAGAAUAAAUCCGUCGAAGGCCUGGAUUUGGAAGAGGAGGAGCCUUCAAUGGAUCCCGCCUGGCCGCACUUGCAAAUUGUAUAUGAGUUUCUUUUGAGGUUUAUAGCCUCACCCAAGACCGAUGCAAAGUUGGCCAAAAGAUAUGUUGAUCAAUCUUUCAUGAUGAAAUUGCUUGACUUAUUUGAUUCCGAAGAUCCUAGAGAGAGGGAAUAUUUGAAAACAAUUCUUCAUCGCAUCUACGGGAAAUUCAUGGUUCAUCGACCCUUCAUUAGGAAGGCUAUAAACAACAAUUUUUUCCGUUUUAUUUUCGAGACUGAGAAACACAAUGGGAUUGCUGAACUUCUGGAAAUUUUGGGCAGUAUUAUUAACGGGUUUGCGCUGCCACUCAAAGAAGAACAUAAAGUGUUCCUUGUUCGGGUGUUGAUUCCCUUGCAUAAGCCGAAAUGCUUAGCAAUGUAUCAUCAGCAGUUAUCCUACUGCAUUACACAGUUUGUCGAGAAAGACAGCAAACUUGCCGAUACUGUCAUUAGGGGGUUAUUAAAGUACUGGCCUAUCACGAAUAGUUCGAAGGAAGUCAUGUUCCUAAAUGAAUUGGAGGAAGUUUUAGAAGCGACUCAACCACCCGAAUUUCAGCGUUGCAUGGUGCCAUUAUUUCACCAAAUUGCUCGAUGUAUAAAGAGUCAGCACUUUCAGUUGGCCCGAGCGAGCUUAUUUUUGUGGAACAAUGAUCACAUCGAGAACUUAAUCAUUCAAAACCGAAAAGUUAUACUACCGAUUAUAAUCCCGGCAUUGGAGAAAAAUGCAAGAAAUCACUGGAAUCAAGCCGUACAUAGCUUGACUCUAAACGUCCGCAAAAUCUUCAACGAUCUUGACCCAGAGCUGUUCAACGAAUGCUUGCUCAAGUUCCAAGUAGACGAAUCGAAGGAAGACGAGACCAAAGCAAAACGGAAAAACACAUGGAAACGCUUGGAAGAACUUGUGGAAAAGAAAUAUUCUGGUUGUGAAGACACGGUCGAAACCCGCAAAUCGAUCGGCAACGGCUCAUCAGGUUAGAUAUAGAUUAUAGAUUUUGUUGGUGUACUUUUUUUAAAGAUUAAUCAGAGUUUCUAUUGGGGUGGAACUGAAAUAUUGUCAAUUUCUUUGCAUAUGACAAUCUGAAUUAUUUUGUAUUGUAGGGUUCCAGCUUAUUUAGUGAAGCCUAAUAAAUAUUUUUUUAAAUUAAACUAUUUAUUUCUUGAAUUUCAGCUUAUUUCA